CAGCUCCAGUCCAGCUUUUGACUCUUUUACAGUUCAGUUUGGUUCCAGAACAGGGUACUUGUCUUUCUCUCCUCCUCUCUCUCCUUCCUUCUCUUCCUCUGCAACCAACCAUGUGGAUCACCUUUGUGACAAUGGCCACGGCGAUGGUGUGUUUGAUGGGUGUCCAUGGAGACGUGCAGCCUCAGAGAGACUUCGACCUGCAGAGGUUUGCAGGGAAGUGGUUCCGUGUGGGCCUGGCGUAUGACUCCCCAGGGUUUACUGCCCCGUACAGAGACAAGCUGAGAGUGUCCAUGGGCAUCCUGAAUCCCCACACCAACGGCAACGUCAACCUCACCAUGUGGACCCAGAGAUCAUCAGGUUGCCGCAGUAAGCUUUACACGUAUGAGAAGACAGCGAUACCUGGCGCCUUCACCUAUUUCAGCACCCGCCAUAACAAAGUAAAGGACAUCACAGUAGUGGAGACCAACUAUAAUGAAUAUGCACUGGUCCUGAAGCACAAGAAGAUGGACAGAGAGUACACACAGGUGGCCCUCUAUGGCCGUUCUCAGAAGGUAAAGCCUGAAGUGAUUCAGAAAUUUCGAGACUUUGCCACAUCUCAUGGAUUUCCCAAGGACGCCAUUCUGACCCCACCACCUGCAGGUAGUAGCCUAAAGAACUGCCCUCCUUCUGGACGCUAGGUUUUGUUCUUGUGCUCUCCGUCAGAUCCGAGCAACAUGGUGAUUACUCAUUGGUUUGCUUCGCCGCACCGGUUUCCCAGCACUUAUUAGACAUUCGUCUCUCCAUCGGAGCACAGCAUCAGGAUUGGUUUCACCUUUUACACCACACCGUUUCACAGGGCAACAGCAGAACCUCAACACGCUUUACCUCACAAGGGUGAAAUAGUAUAACGACUAAUGCCAGAUUCGCUUUUAGACAGCCCGUCUUGUUUUACUACCAACGUCCUCUCUGAUGUCUGUCCGUCUCUUGUCCCCUCGGUACAACGGACUGUUCAAUUCGUUUUUCCUUUCUGAAUCCGAUAAACAGGGGACAUCAUUGUCUUGUAUAACACUGCUAUGGCUGAAUAAAUGCUAGUGUUCCUCUG